GAACUCUCAAGCUGUGAUGGAGGUAGACCCAGAACAGAGGGAAAUGCUGGGAAAUCGGACCUCAGCUGGGUUUGAGGUGGGAGAAGACCACCAUGACACCUGGCCUGGGAGAAGCAGGGGCUCCUGGGAGGAGACGAUGCAGAAGAUCCUUGGUGAGGAGACCUUCAACCUGUACGUACAGCGCCAGCGCUUGAGGGAGUUCUGCUUCCAGCAGGCCGAGGGGCCCCGGGAAGUUUGCAGCCGACUCCACAAACUCUGCCGGCAGUGGCUGAAGCCGGAGAAGCACACGAAAGCUCAGAUGCUGGACCUGGUGAUCCUGGAGCAGUUGCUGACUGUCCUGCCCCCAGAGAUGGAGAACUGGGUCCGAGAAUGUGGACCGGAGACCAGUUCCCAGGCGGUGGCCCUGGCCGAAGGCUUCCUCCUGAGCCAGGCGGAGGAGAAAAAGCACGCGGAGGAACAGGUGGAGAGGAGGGCUGAGGUAGCCAGCGAUUUCCCAGGGACAGAGAAGGCCACGCAAGAAGCCCCAGAGAGGCUACUUCACAGAAAUGGCGGAAGUGCCAGCGUGUCACCAGGCGGUGAAAUGAUCCAGGAGCUUCAUCCCAGGCCUUCUCUUCUUGGUGAUGGAGUGAAAAUGCUUGAUGUGCAGUUGUUGGAUCAGGGUCCAGUGACCUUCGAGGAGGUGGCUGUGCAGUUCUCAGAGGAUGAGUGGGCACUGCUGGAUCCAGGCCAGAGGUCCCUUCACGAGGAAGUCCUGCAGGAGAAUUAUGGGAAUUGGGUCUCUCUGGGCGACUGGAGGAAGGGCGAGAAAGAAAGUGAACUGCAGAGUUGGGAAACUGAUGCACAAUGGAAGUGGGGCAAUAGACCUGUUCCUUCUCAUGGGGCCAGUUUCCAUGAAAUCCCAAGGCUUCAAGAAUGUCACACUGGAAGCAAAAGGAAUGCAAUGUCUUUAUGUGCAAAAGUCUUAACUAGUAAGCCAAGCCUUAGGACACAUCAAAGAUUGCACACUGUGGAGAAGCCGUGUAAAUGUUUAGAGUGUGGGAAGAGCUUCAGGUGGAGUUCAGAACUUUGGUCACACCAAAGGGUCCACACAGGAGAAAAACCAUAUCAGUGCUCUGAGUGCGGAAAAUGCUUCAGGGAGAAGAAAAACCUGAAGGGGCACCACAGAAUCCACACAGGGGAGAAGCCCUAUAAAUGCGCAGAAUGUGGGAAGAGCUUCCGAUGUAGUUCAGAGCUCUGGUCUCAUCAAAGGGUGCACACAGGGGAAAAACCUUACCAGUGCUCAGAGUGUGGAAAGAGCUUCACAGAGAAGAAAAACUUUAGAAUGCAUUAUAAAAUUCACACUGAAGACAAACCUUACAAAUGUUCAGUUUGUGGAAAGAGCUUCAGGGAAAACAAAAACCUUAUCAUACAUUACCGAAUCCACACGGGGGAUAAACCUUUCCAAUGUACUACUUGUGGGAAGUGCUUCAGUCAUAGCACAAACCUUACGAGGCAUCACCGAGUCCACACUAGGGAGAGACCGUACACAUGUGCAGUGUGUGGAAAGGGUUUCAGUGAUAGCAGAACCCUGAGGAGGCAUCAGAGAAUCCACAUGGGGGAAACACCAUAUACGUGCUCCGAGUCUGGACAGAGCAUUGAGUACAAAUGUGGGAAGAGCUUCAAUCGGAGCACGAACCUUACGCGACAUCAGCGGAUCCACACAGGAGAAAAACCGUAUAAAUGCUCAGAGUGUGGAAAGAGCUUCAGCCAGAAGAUGAACCUUACUCGACAUCAGAGAGUGCACACAAAGGACAAGCCCCAUGAAUGCUCUGUGUGUGGAAAGGGCUUCAGCCAGAGCACAACUCUUCGGAUACAUCAAAGAAUUCACACAGGGGAGAAACCUUAUACAUGCUCCGAGUGUGGGAAAAGCUUCCGUCAGAAGAUCAAUCUUACGAGACAUCAACGAGCACACAAAAAUGAGAAGCCAUAUACAUGCUCAGAGUGUGGAAAGAACUUCAGAUAUAUCUCAAGCCUUAAUGAUCAUCAGAGAAUCCACACAGGUGAGAAACCAUAUAAGUGCUCAGAGUGUGGAAAGAGUUUCAGCCAGAGCACAAGCUUCACUUACCAUCAAAGACUCCACUCAAGAGGGAAACCAUUUGAAUGUUCUGAAUGUGGAAAGAGUUUCAGCCAUUGCUCAAACCUUAAUGAACAUCAAAGGAUCCACACUGGAGAGAAACCAUAUCAGUGCCCAGAAUGUGAUAAGACUUUCAGUCAGAAGAUAAACCUUACUAGACAUCAGAGAGUGCACACAGGUGAGAAACCAUAUAAGUGCUCAGAGUGUGGAAAGAGGUUUAGUGACAGUUCAAGUCUUACUUCCCAUCAAAGAAUUCACACAGGAGAAAAACCAUACAAAUGUUCUGAGUGUGGAAAGAGAUUCAGUCAACUCACUAACUUUACUUACCAUCAAAGAAUCCACACAGGAGAGAAACCAUAUAAUUGCCCUGAGUGUAGAAAAAGCUUCAGUCAGAAGAUAAAUCUGAUUAGACAUCAGAAAGUCCACAUGGGAGAGAAUCAUGUGGAUGAUAGAAAUGUUUGGAAUGUGGGAAGAACUUGA